CUGUGUGAAAUCCAUUUUGAAUCAAUUUUACUAGCGUUAUGCAAAUAUGUGAGAUGUAUGUAUCCAUGUAAUUCUUUAUCAGAAUAAUCCAAAUGCUAUUCUAUUUAUAAACUGUAUGUCAUACCUCUAAGAAAAUAUCAAUGUUUAUUUUCAUAAGCUUUGGUUUAACACGAUGCUCGGCGCAGGCUAACGUUUUUGUUCUGAGGUCUGGGACGUCUCAGCCGGCAGUUAGUUAUAGGAAACCUGUGGUCUGUUUAUUUUAGUGUGGUGUUUUAACUCCAGUAUUUUAGAUGCUUCAUGUGGUCGAGUAUGUACCGCCUACGGCUUAGAGCCAAUGAUAAUGUAAUUGUACCCUCAGUUCUAGAAUAGUUGUUGUAGAACACGGGUCUAAUGUGACACUCACUGUGAGCCAGAUGUGUUUGAACCAGGGGUGGAAGGAAAACUGGAAUACGCUGCAUGACAAGUGGACGGCAGGGUUGUGCUCUUAUUGCAGGGUCCUUACUGUGCAAUUUAAAGUGUAAUGUAAUUGGUGCUAGAUAAAGAAAAAAACAGAUUAAUUUAUCACUGCUCAAUUUCCUUAAAGAGGACUACCUGUUAGAAUGCGUUAAAGAAAAUCUAAAGCGCCUAUUUAACUGUAACCACAGCAGUAUGAACAUGCACGUUCAUUUCUAUCUAAAACUGCUUUCUUAGGUGGCUGGGUGAGGAUUAAAAAGACAUUUAGAAGUAUCCUUAAAACGUCUUCAGUGCACAUGAGUAUACUGUUCACUUCUGGUUAGUUGCUUAAGUCUUCUUAGGUGUGUUUUUGACAGAAUAUUAAACUAUUUGUAAAGGUCUGCAUACUGGGUUUUUGUUUUGUUUUGUUUUGUUUUUUUUAACAGUACGUGUCCGUUUUUCUACAUUAUAAAGAACUGAAACCCAUCAGCAAAACUGUUCUCUGGUCUUACACUUUAAGAAAUAAAUGCAUAAUUAAAGAAGCACUGACGGCUCAUUAUCCAGACUCAUUUCCAGAAAAUGUGCCAGUUUUAGUAAGGACUGUAAAAGUGGGGAAUGUUAUUCCAUUAAACUGUUAUUUAAUGGGAUACUAAAUAUUUAAAAAAAAUAAAAAAAAGUUUUCGUAUUACUUAGUGUAGCUUGGCAGGCCACGAAUGAUAUCAGUGUUAGAAAUAAAGCUUUAAAACGUAUAAAAAAUACUGUUAAAAGUUAGAAUUUUUUUGCCUUCCUGGACUCAAUUGGACCCUUUGGUGGGCUGGUCUGGCCUCUGUACCCUAUGUUUUACACCUUUGUCUUAAAGGAAGGCUAGGUUUUACUGAAUAGCAUGGUCUGAUCUUACCUGGUCUGGUAGUAGAGCAUUAUGUAAAGGUGGUUACAGCAAACCUAAGAAGGCUGUCUUUUAGAAAAUAAAUACCACUGCCAUUCAUCUCCUAAAAACCAGCCAUAGUACCUCUGUGAACAAAAUGUAACGCAAAGCAAUUUAAGUAGCAUAUAAAUACUUUUUAGACUGCCAUUUUUUUUAAAAGCACAUAAACUACUGACUUUAUAAUGUUAUAAUGCACGUAUUCAGUUACUUCCACCCUGGAGUCAAAACCGUCAUUUAACUCCCUGUAACUUGGAGCCUGCCCUAUCUGUGGUUCAAAUCAAUCCCUGCCUUAGGUAUAAUAAAGUCAUUCAUACCUCAUCUUUUCUCCUCGUCUUAUUUGUGUGUGUGUUGUGGACAUACCGCGUGUUUUCACCAGGCUCGUGAAUUAUUUCCCACCUGUUGGUGAAGAGCGAAAGUGGCCGGUUGCGCUUCCCCACCCAUCAUAAGAACAUAGUUCCGGGUUUUUCUCAGCCGAGAGCUGCUCGCUGCCGUUGCUCUUCUCUAUUCGCCAAGCUCAUAAGGAAGGAUCAUGUCGCUUUUAAUGGAAAAUCAGUUCUGUGAACUGCCCCCUGACAAGGCGAUCGACACGAAGACAUUCCUGGACACCGUCUCUCAUAUCCCUGCGUUUUUUGACUGCUUAGGAUCAAAAGUGUUUUCAAUCAUCAAAUCAGACAUUAACGGCAAUAUAACGAAAAUUAGAGCGGUAUAUGUCACUAAUCCCGCAAAGUACACCACCCUGGAGGACAUUGUGGUGGCAGAGCGAGAGGCUCAUGGAGCAGAGUGGCCUAAAAUUGGAGCAACGUUAGCUCUGAUGUGGCUGAAGAGGGGUCUCCGUUUCAUCCAGAUUCUGCUCCAGAGUUUGGCAGACGGGGACAGAGAUGAGAACAACCCCAACCUCAUUCGGGUUAAUAUCACAAAAGCCUAUGAGCAGGCACUGAAGCGAUACCACGGCUGGAUUGUUCAAAAGAUUUUUAAUGCUGCGUUACUUGCAGCUCCCUACAGAUCAAACUUUCUGAAGGCUCUGUCGAAAGGAGAGGAAGUGAAAGAGGAGGACUGUCUGGCAAACAUGCGUCAGUUCCUGGUUAAUUACACAGCCACUAUAGAUGCCAUCUACGAGAUGUACACAAAUCUAAAUGCCGAGCUGGACUACACCGUUUGAUGUCCCGGCACAUGGCUGGACCGGACGCGCAGGAGUAUCCUGCAUCACUCUCAGGUUUCGCAGACGUCCAGUUGUUUUUAUUAGGACUGUUUUUUUUUUGUUUUUUUUUUGUGUGUCCCUUCUUGGGUGGUAUUUAUUACUUUGAUGAUGCAGUAAUCAUUACUAGCACUGUGAAUUUGCUCUCAAGAUGAUGCCUUAAUAAAAUGCAGUUUAAAGUCUUUUUUUUGUUUGUUGUUGUUAUUUUAUUUCAACUUACUACUGCAGCCUUUUUAUUUAAAUUUUUGGGUGGGUUACUGCUUUAACAGACUUCUUCACCUUUAACUUUAGUUCCCGUCCAUGUCUUACAUUCAAAUGUUCUCCACCUCCAUCCAUGAGCCUGGGAAAUUAUAUGUUUUACCAUCCCGUAUUAUUAGGUUUGUAAAUUUAGGGAUUUCAGAGUGCCUUGGUGUCACUGAACGAAUGUUUUGAAAAUAUUAAAUAUAAUAGAAUAUUAAAUAUAUAUAUUCUCAUCUAUAAGUUCAACUGUAAAGAAAAGCUAGUAGAAGAUUUUUUUUUUUUCUUUUUAAAUCCCUCUAAGGGCUUGGAGUUUGUGCUGUUAUUGUUCAGCAGUAGGGUGUGACAUGUGUAAGCUUUGUUUGCAUUGUUGUGUUACCUGUUGUGUGAACCUGUAGUUCUAAUUACGUUUCAACUGCUUUAAAACUUCUUUUUUUUUUUGUCUGAAGCUGUUUUUCAUUAUGUCAUACAGCCAAGUCAUGUUCAUGUGUACGUUGACUUGAUCAGAGGCGUGUUUUCUAACUGAAUACUUUAUAUGGUGUUUGUUUUAGAAGAAUCAUCUGUGAUCAUAUUUCUUAAAACUGACUCAAAAUUAAAUUCAGUUCACGAAUCUUACACUAGGUGGCGAUAUCUGCUUGCUUUCCCCCAUCUCCUUCUUGAGCGUGGCUGUGUACAACUACAGCAAGCAAAACUGAUUAAAAAAUGGUUAAAUGCUGCAUGUAAUAAAUAAAGCCGUAGUUUGGGAAAACGGCUUUGUGAAAGAGCUCUUAGUGGCUUUAAAGUUGACUUUUAGUCAGUUUAUUUAUUUUUUUUAUACAGAAGUAAAUCAGAGAGGAUUCACUUCCUCGUGCAUCCUAAUCCUCCAAAUCAACCAUCCUCUUCCUCUCCUUAGUCUAACUUAUCUGAAGUGUUUCCCAGAGGCCAGAGUGGCUCUGGUUCCUCUCCCAGAGGAGCCCAGCCUGAGUUAAUCGUCUCCGAGCGAGAGAAGCACGUCUGUAAUCCUGUCGGUUUAUCAGCAGCACUGCCUGAUAGGACGGAAAAGCUCCAAGUAAAGACAGGACACAACAGACUAAAGACCGGAAAUAAUUUAUGACAGCGAUUCAAUGACAAAGCCACUGACCUUUUACCGCUGACAUAUUUGUUAUGCGCAAUGAGGUCAUCAUUUGAAUACUGCAGUUUUAUUCCUAACAGGGCGCCUAAUGUCAUUAUUCACACCAUCUAGGUUAUUUGUUUUAUAAUGGCCUGCUUAAAGUGGCUGUGCAUUUCGUGUCUGGAUCGCAGCUAGAAGCGUCCAAUUUAGGAGGACAAAUGAACCAAAAUAAGGAGCGCAGGCAGGCACAUCAUCGGACAUUAGCAAUUCAAUAGCUGGGGGAACGGCCAGCCCAUUUCUCAAUAAUGUGAACAACAAUAUUCACGUGAAUAUGUCUUCAAGGAAGCAUGUAUUUUUCAUAUCAAAAUGUAAUAUCUGCAGGAACAGGCCUGCACAUUUUCACUUACGUAUUUUGAAGUAUUCAUUGGCUUCUGCCUCAAGCAUGAGCCAUCCAUCUGGACUAACAUCAUUCAGUGAUAACAAAAUUAGCGCUUUCGGCUUGCAUCAUUUAUAAAGGAGCCAGUCCAAUCUUUUCCAGCUAAGGAUUGACUUGCAUCAUAUAAUAAAACUGAAAUCUUUGGGUGAAAAGAUGGAUCUUAAUGGAACGAGGU